AUGCUCACUUGUACGCAUAUAACCGCCGAUAAAUGUGUGGAACGGGUGCCGAAAGACAUGUUUAGCAAGAAAAAACGGAUGGAAGACGAUAAUCUAUUUCUGGAGGGUAACGGAAAUCGCGGAAAAGUAAAGUGAGUCGAUUUUUGGUCGCAAAAAUUCGAAGAAUUGAUUUUCCAAUUUCAGAGGCCAAGAAACGUUCAAAACGUUUUGUGACGAGUGCGAUAAUUGCACGAAAUCGCUAAUGUGCCUUUCGUGCGGUCGAAUAUUGUGCGGUCGCGACGAUUUGGGCCACGCCGUCGAUCAUUUCAACGCCACCGAGCACCCGGUCGUCAUCGAUUGUAUCACUUUCGAACUAUUCUGCUAUUCCUGUGACGACGAGGUCUCCCUGGACUUUGAACCGUCCCUUUACAGUGUUCUCAAGUCACUCAAAUUGCUUUUCGACCGCGACGAUGUGAUAGAGGGCGGCGAAGGCACUCUUCCGACUGCUCAAACUGCCAAGUGAGUCGGUUUUUAUGAUUUGAGUCCAAAAACACGGAAAAUCGUGAAAAUCACGCCGUUGUUCGUAAAAACUACACAUUUUCCAGUUAGACUAAAAAAUAUCCAAUUCUCCCGUUCCGACACCUAAAAGCAAAAUUUUCAGAGCGAUUAACGACCUCGUCGACGCGUUUUCCACAAACGCCCGCGUGGAAUCCAACAAAAAGGGUUCGAAAAAGAAGAAAGGCGCCCGGAAGGGCAAAGUAAGCCCGAUGUUCGACCCGCCGUUCCAGGGAAAUGUCAUCAAUUGCUCGCCCGCAUCCGCGCCCGCCACGUCAUCAGCGGCCACGAGCGCCGAGAUUGCCUACCGACCACGUGGACUGCGGAAUAUCGGCAACACGUGCUUCAUGAACGCCGUUUUGCAGGCUCUCGCGUACGUUUUUGAGUAAAUUUUCGGAAAACCGCUGUUUUCUCCCAAAAUGACUGAAAAUCCUAGUUUUUCACAUUUCCAGAAGCAUCGUGCCGUUCCGCGAGUACAUUUCGAACCUGCCGUCACUGGAGGAGUACGUGGAGGAGGAGAAGGCGUCGAAGAACGGCAACUGCUUCCUGACGGACGAAUUCCGCGCGAUUUUGGCGGGGAUGUGCGCGCGGAAUUUCCGCGAGCCGGCCACUCCGUCCGACUUCCGCGAGGCGUUCGUGUCCGCGUGCCCCCGAUUUCGCGGCUUCCGACAGCACGACUCGCACGAAUUCAUGCGAUAUCUCCUCGAUCAGAUGCACGUCGAGAUGAAAAAGUGCCGAUUUCUGCCCGAGAUGCCCGAAAAGGUGACGCCAAUCGGAAGGUUUUUCGAGGGAAUCCUUCAGAGCAGUGUCAUCUGUCAGACGUGCGGAAAUUGCAGUGAUAAGAACGACGAGUUCAUGGGUAAUACAAUUUUCUAUAUAUUUUACAAUAUCUUGCUAAUACCUUUCGCAGAUCUCUCUCUGGACAUUCCGCGUAUGAACAAGGGCCGAAUCCGUGUUUCCGACUGUCUCAACAUGUUUUUCGAGAAGGAAAUGCUCGAAAAGGGCGAGAAGCCCGAGUGUGGCAAGUGCAAAACGAAGCAGACGAGCAGCAAACAGAUGAGCAUCCGACGGCUGCCCGAGGUACGAAAAAACACUACUUUCCAGAAAAUUCAUGCGAUUUUCAUAUAAAAAAUGGGUUUACAGGUCCUGUGCCUUCACAUCAAACGAUUCCGGGAUAAUGGCGGCAAAAUGGACACUCUGGUCGAGUAUCCGAUGAGCGGACUCACCGUGGACGAAUAUCUCAUUGAGGUACCGGCAAAUACAUACUUUUUGUGAACUUGUAUUAUUUCUUGUAGGACAGCGACGAACCGCCAUGUCACUACGAUCUGCAAUCGAUAAUUGUUCACAUUGGAUACGGGUAUGUUCUCAAAUUCAGUUGCGCUUUGAAAAUGUUGAUUAAAACUUGUUUUUUUUCAGAUGCGGAUCGGGCCACUACAUUGCAUUCGGCAAACGCGGCGGAAAAUGGUACCAAUUCGACGAUUCCGUCGUCAAAUCCGUCGACAAUUCGCUGGUUUCAAAACAAAAAGCCUACGUCCUGUUGUACACGAAAAUGCCCGUAAAACCGUAG